AAAACAAAACAGCAAAUCUAAUCCACUCCAACCCUUCUAGAAGCUUCAGCCUCCUUUGCUCCCCCUCCCAACUUCCUCCUCGCCCUUUCCCUACUCCAAACCCUAGCUUCCACUAGCCGCCGCGGCUCCAUGGAUCGGAUCGUCGGCAGCAAGUAUAAGCUGGGCCGCAAGAUCGGGAGCGGCUCCUUCGGGGAGAUCUACCUCGCGACGCACGUCGACACGUACGAGAUCGUCGCCGUCAAGAUCGAAAACAGUAAAACCAAUCACCCCCAAUUGCUUUAUGAGGCCAAGCUGUAUAAUGCUCUUCAGGGAGGGACUGGUAUUGCAAACAUAAAAUGGUGUGGAAUUGAUGGUGAGGAAAAUGUUCUUGUUAUUGAUUUGCUUGGGCCAAGUCUCGAGGAUUUGUUUGUUUAUUGCGGCCGGAGAUUCUCACUGAAGACAGUUUUGAUGUUGGCAGAUCAGAUGAUAACAAGAAUAGAGUUUCUGCACUCCAAGGGGUAUUUGCACAGAGAUAUCAAGCCCGAUAACUUCCUUAUGGGCCUUGGUCGAAAAGCAAAUCAGGUCUACAUCAUUGACUUUGGACUUGCAAAAAGAUACCGUGACUCAACCACCAAUCGCCACAUACCUUAUAGAGAAAAUAAAAACUUGACUGGAACAGCUCGCUAUGCAAGUUGCAACACUCAUCUUGGGAUUGAGCAAAGCCGAAGGGAUGAUUUGGAGUCCAUUGGAUAUGUUCUGUUGUAUUUUCUCAGGGGAAGUCUUCCUUGGCAGGGUUUGAAAGCUGCUACAAAGAAGCAGAAGUAUGACAAAAUAAGCGAGAAGAAACUUUCAACACCUAUCGAGGUUUUAUGUAAAUCACACCCUGUGGAAUUUGCGUCUUAUUUCCACUAUUGCCAUUCAUUGACAUUUGAUCAACGGCCAGACUAUGGAUUUCUGCGACGGCUCUUUAGAGAUCUGUCUGACCGUGAAGGUUACGCGUUUGACCAUGUCUUUGACUGGACAUUAUUGAAGUGUAAGCAAACCCAGAAGGUGAAGGCUCAACAGCAAGAUCCAGGUGUAAGUAGCAGGCAGGCUCCAAUUAAUAUGGACAAGCACCAAGUCAGUGGUUCACGGGCAGCUGAAGCCUCUGGUCAGCUUGAAGCAGAACAACGCCCGGCAAUCAGAAUGCAAAUAAGAUCUAGUGCCGAGAACAGCCGUUCAAAUAAUCGACAUUCUGAUAAAUUGAGGUUGGGUGCUAGCACCGAUAAUGCAUUUCUGCAAUCGACAUCAUCUGGUAAUGCUGAUGCCCAAAGGAAGAAUAUAUCAAUAUCGAAAACACAGGGGCUUGUUGACCCCCACAAUCAUGGAACUAACAAUCAAGGGCCUUCAAACCAACUUUAACACUCCAGUUCAUGAUGGUCUAUUUAUUAAACCCUUGGUAACUGGGAUGAACCACUGGUGUGACAGACCAUGGGGGAAAGCGAUGCAGAGGUGCUGUGGAUCCCUAUCUUCGAUGGGCAGGAGGACUCGAUUGCUCGACCCCAAAGAGGAAUUUUCUCUGUCAAAGAAUACUUGCAAAGUUCAUCUGGCAAGUUGUUCCGAGGGUGGCACUAGUGGAGGUACAGGGCAGACCAGCGGCUGACUGGAAACUGUUGUGGAAGCGGCCAUGCCCAGGUUGUUUCUUAUCACUUCAUCUGGCAUUUGGCACACAAACAGUCCAUCUGCUCCGGCUGAACCUCCGCAAACUUUGACAUUGACACCAUCUGCCUGUUGCACUACCGACUUGAUGAAGAGGUCGCAAUCUUUUCCUGUGGUUUAAGGAGGUAAAGCACAGAUGGCUGCUGGUGGUGGCUAAACCGUGGAUGUCUAGCAGAUCAUCCUAAGCUUCCAUUCUGCGAGCGUGUUGUAGUGCAGGAUAUCCUGGUAGUUGACUAGCACUGCAGACUCAAAGCAUGUUUCUUCUUAUUGUGAUGGUGAGCUUGCUGAAACGAAACUUCAGCUGGAGACAGGCAAAAGACUGAGAUUUCGUGUUUGACAUGGAACAUGGCAGAAUUCUGGAACUGCUUUCACAAUAUUGCCACAUGGCCAUUUUGUGGAUCUGAUUGCUCAGUGAAUAUGUUUCAGCCGAAAAUUUGGAGCCAACGUGUAACCUGUCAGGUUUUUAAGGUAUCCUCUGUAUUGCAUGAGGUGAUUGCUACCUGAAAACAUGGUUGAUAAGCUGAGAUGAAAUCAGCAUCAGUUAUCAUUCAGUGGUGAAGAAUUCGCCUUUUCAUAUUAGUAGUAUGUGGAUAAUACUUGGAAGCUAACGUAGGAAUGGCAGUAACCUAUUUUGCGUUCUAUAUGACCGUACAAUGUGAGACCUCAUCUGGGCUCAUUGAUUCAGGGUUCUUUGCCAGUAACAAUACUGGUGCUGUAUUCUUUGAAAGAGAGCUUGGUGACUCACUGGAAUACCUGUAGCUUUAAUUAGGGAUCAGCGUCAGUGCGAUGAUGAAACUUAUAAUUACUUUAACUUAUGCUCUCAAUCUGCAAGCAGAAAGCAGCGUCUUAUUCAACUUAGAUGGGCUUUAGCAUCAAAUAUGUUUGUGUCAGAUCCCAACAAGGAUUAUGAAGAGUGAGUUGGGAAGAUGUGAUUGUUUUGUUAUCCUGGGCGUGUUUGGAUGAUUAUUGUGACUGGUUCUGUCAAUUUGCCUGAUUUUGAUACAAAUGGCUUUGCGUUCAUGUGAGAACUGGUGAUAAAGAUCCUCCUCCAUUGUCUUAACCUGGUGCAGAUGAAGAUAAAGGAGAUCACAGAAAGCCUUGCCGGUUUCUGUAAUAUUUUCAGCCGAGCUAAAAUAAUCAUUGAUGUACUAUUGUGAGCCCUGCUGGGUACUGCCAAGAAUUUGUGUUUCACUAGUUUCUCAUGGAGUAAUUUUUAUAGAAUCUUCAUGUUUUCAGUCAUAUAGGUAAAAAUGAAGUCAGGCUUUGUCUGUAUGUCUGCUCAUACCAUUACGAAGAAAGAGGCCAUAUGUUUGCUGUAUUUAUCUGCA